AUGGAGCAAACUGCCAGCAACCUGACGGUGAUUGUGCCAGCCCAGCGCCUGACGCCAGCUUUUCCCCCGGCGGUCAAGCUGGGGCUCACAGCGCUGUACACGGCGCUGUAUGCCCUGCUCUUCCUCUCAGUCUAUGCCCAGCUGUGGCUGGUGCUGCUCUACCGGCACAAGAAGUUCAGCUAUCAGACCGUCUUCCUCUUCCUCUGCCUGCUCUGGGCCACCCUCCGCACCACGCUCUUCUCCUUCUACUUCAAGAACACUCUCAAGGCCAACCAGCUGGGCCCCUUCCUCUACUGGCUGCUCUACUGCUGCCCCGUCUGCCUCCAGUUCUUCACCUUGACGCUCAUGAACCUCUACUUUGCCCAGGUGGUGUUCAAGGCUAAAGCUAAGUACCACCCGAACAUGACCAAAGGGCUGCUGGCCGUGCGGGGGGCCUGCCUGGGCGCCAGCCUGCUCUUCCUGGCAGUGAACGUGGCCUGUGCUUUCGUGGUGCGGCUGGGGCGGGCUGAGCCCUGGGCCGUGGUGCUGACCCGUGUCCUCAUCAAUGACUCACUCUUCGUGCUGGGUGCUAUCACUCUGGCGCUCUGCCUCUGCCUCGUGGCUCGCGGCUCACCAAGCACCAGCCUCUACCUGCAGGCCAAGGGCACCACAGUGUGCCAGACAGCAGCCAUGGGUGGCACCAUGGUGCUGCUGCACGCCAGCCGUGCCUGCUACAACCUGGUGGCCCUGGCAUUGAGCUCCCACACCCGGCUGGACUCCUUCGACUACGACUGGUACAAUGUUUCGGACCAGGCAGAUCUGAUCACUGACCUGGGGGACCAAGGAUACCUGGUCUUUGGCCUCAUCCUCUUUGUGUGGGAGUUGCUGCCAACUGCCCUACUGGUGGGCUUCUUCCGGGUGCACCGCCCUCCCCAGGACCUGAGUGCCAACCACAUCAUCAAUGGGCAGCUCGGGGGCUCCCGGUCCUACUUCUUUGACCACCCCGGGCAAUACGAGAACGAGGGGCCCCCCCGCAGGAAGGGAAGCAGCCUGGCAGGCCGACUGGGCAGCGGCAGCUGGUAUGGAGCCAUUGGCCGGACUGGGAGGGAUCCGGACUGGCUGGGGGGGCAGCCCCCCACAACUCCCCUGCUCUUCUCCCAGGUCACUGUGCAGGCCAGCCACCACCACAGCCUCUACUCUACCCCGCAGACCUAGAUGCGCCCCCCACCCCGUGCGUCACAGGAGGACGCUGGUGAAAUGGGGCCACAAGGACUCAAUAGUGUGGAAGGCGGGGGGAUGUGGAGGGAUGAGUUCUGAGUGCAGGAAGUGGAGGGGACCCAGCUCUGUGCACCCUCCAGCUGAACAACCCCCAACCAAACAGCGCCCCUCCCCAUCGCACAGGGAUGGCUUUGGCACCACCCCACAUGCUGCAGCCUCUGAGGGUGCAGGCUAGUUUGGGCAGGGAUCCCAGUGUCCACCCGUGGGUCAAAGGAAGAAUGGACUGUCUCCUCCCCCUGCGCUGAAUGUGCUGGAGAAUUGCAUGUCGGGAGUUCCCCCUCUGGAUUCGGGCCUGCAGCUGAACCAUCCCUGGGGGGUCACACUGUCGUGAGGUGCCAGACUGUGGCUCAGGUGCCAGUUCGUACCCUCUGAUGCACGCCAGCUCCUGGCUCCUCCGAGAGCUCUCCCCAGCGCUGCCUUCCCACCCCAAGGCUUUGGUGCUGUCCUGUCCCUCCGCCC